AUUGUGGGAGCCGCUGAUUGGCGCACUUCCGCUGCCAUUGUGCGCGAGAGACGGUAAAUAACACUGAAGCUCAACUCUAAACACUCUUUAAACACAACUUAUACUAAGGUGAUCGUGUGUCAGAAUGGCCCGUACGAAGCAGACCGCCCGUAAAUCCACCGGAGGAAAAGCUCCUCGUAAGCAGCUGGCGACUAAAGCGGCUCGUAAGAGUGCGCCCUCUACUGGAGGAGUCAAGAAGCCCCAUCGCUACAGGCCCGGGACCGUGGCUCUGCGUGAGAUCCGCCGCUACCAGAAGUCCACCGAGCUGCUGAUCCGCAAGCUUCCCUUCCAGCGUCUGGUGCGAGAGAUCGCUCAGGACUUCAAGACCGACCUGCGCUUCCAGAGCGCCGCCAUCGGAGCGCUGCAGGAGGCCAGCGAGGCGUAUCUGGUCGGUCUGUUUGAGGACACUAACCUGUGUGCCAUCCACGCCAAGCGUGUUACCAUCAUGCCCAAAGACAUCCAGCUGGCGCGCCGCAUCCGCGGAGAACGUGCCUGAGCUACUCUCUCUCUCUCUCUCUGUGUGUCUCUCUCUCUCUCUCUUGCUGUUUGUUGGUAGUUUAAGAGUUCAGUCCUGGUGGGGUGGGUGGUGUCUCUUUGUUUUUUGACUACAGACUUUUAGGGUUCUUCCUGUUUGCAUGUACCAGCCCGUGACCGAUCGGCCACACACACACACUCUCACUCUCUCUCUCUCUCACACACACACACUCUCUCUCACACUCUCUCUCUCACACACGCACACACAGUCUGUCCAUCGAUCACGAGUGAAGGUUGAAUAAGUGGGUCAGGGCUGAUGUCUGCAUUCAGGGCUUUGCGUCUCUCAUGCAGGGUGCUAAAACAGCUCUGACCCAUCCCAGAAUUCCCUUCACCGUCCAUCACGAGCGCACGUGUGUGUGUGUGUGUGUGAGGCUGUCGAUCAGCACGGGGUUUGUAUACGAGCAUCUCUCCAACAAAUGUUUAUUAUUGCAAUAUUAAGAAUUACUUUUAAUAAUUAUUGAUGUCUGUUUCUUUUUUUAUGCAUUCAUAUAAGCUUGUUUCAUAGAUCUAGAGCAUAUUUUUGAAGGUGGAGAUUCUUAUAAAGGCAUUUUUACAUCACAAAUCAUGUUUAUUUUCUAAAGGAUGAGUUUGGGUUCAGUCUCAGGCAUGUGAAGGGAUGUUCAACAUUACUCUAAUUGGCUUCAGCGCUGAGAAUAACAUGUUUAUCUGCAUAAACGACCCGUUCAUUUUGGGUCUUUUGAUAGGAGAAUCUGGACAGACUGACAUUAAUUUGAACUGAAUAAAUAUAUAUUGGCUUGAUACUGUUCUUGAGUUUCGCCACGAGAAUUUCCUUCAUUACAGAGCAGUUUUCUACUCAUCCCUUCAGCGUCUCACGACUCCUCAGGCAGACAUGGAAACAUUAUUACUGAAUCCUGCUUGAUUUGUGGCUGUUUUUGUUUCUCCUUUAUUCAGAGUCUGACUACAGAACAUUCAGGUGUUUCAAUAAACUGAUCUUUGUAAUUUGAAAUUUCUCCUAAUUGCGUAAUAAAUGGAUGUCACACA